CUACUACGGUAGAGACUGUUCUUGUGCUUAGAGUAUCACCGUGUCGUCACAUCUAGUGUACUUUUUUCAUAAGCCAAGACUUGACAUGUUGACGGUGGCUUUGUCAUGGGUGGUAUGGUUGGGCAGUGUUUGUAUGCUGCUAGUGGUUGGAAUCUGGGUAGCCUGGUGGUCAUUACUGCCUCUAACUCCACCGCAACAUGUAAUACAACCCUAUUCCCUCCCCUCCUUCUUAUUUCCUCUGAAAGUCCUCUUAUUUUACAUCCUCAUAAAGUUCAGGAAGAGAACUGCUGGCAGUACGGAGAAUGCUGGUUAUGGCACCAAAUCACACGGCAAACAGGAUCUCAUGGAGCGCCCGCAGACCCUCCACUCAUGUCCAAAGGCUAUUGAUGCUGUAUUUUUUUCUGGUGCUGCUGGUGGCUGGGGAGUCAUUUUGGCCAUGGAGAGGCGUCCAAACAGGCUAACAUCAGUGGUGGUCUACCUAAAGGUUCCCAACACAGGAGUGCUUACACUGCCCUGCCACCCAGACACAGUCACAUUCAGGUCAGAAGAUGCAGAGGAUUCGUUUAGUGCUGCAGGACUUACCAUAUCUCUGCUCACUCCUGUGAAAUCCUGGAAGCUCAAGUUUUCAGGAAAAUUAAGGUUGCACGACAAUCCAAACGAUGUUCCAAAAGACGUGAAGAUUGACCUGCAUUGGGUUUCUGACCUUCCCCUUUUUGACUAUGACACUGACAUGGAUGUCAUGACUACUUCCAAGGCCUUCGCACGGGAGCCAUGGAGCAGGCAGUACUUUCAACAGCUACGAGAGCACCAUCAGACUCAUUAUGAACAGAUGGGACACCUACAAGGCUUUGUGACACUUGAUGGAGAGUCACACAAUAUCCAUCUACCAGCCUUUAGAGACCACUCUUAUGGUAAGACCUGA